AGUGAACAUCAAAAUAUGUAUAAACACAGAAGCUGUCAAUCAAUUGACACCGAAACUUGUUAAUCUCACUGUAGAAAUGUGGUUGAAGGUUUGGUCAAGAUUUUCGACCUUCAGCCGCCAAAUUUCAAACCUAUAUUGCAUACUUUCUGUCUCAAACUUUAAACCAACGCAAGAACCACGACCGUUGGUUACCGAUGGACUUUCAAGACUUUCACUCCUACGCACGUGUACUCAAUUCCUUGAACACCCCCAGUUCCAUUCUACAAGGGAAGCAGCUUCACCUUCUGUUUCUCAAAAGUGGUGUCCUGUUUUCGACUCUCUCCAUUGCCAACCGCCUUCUGCAAAUGUAUGUGCGGUGUGGAGGAGUGAAUCACGCCCGACGCCUGUUUGAUGAGAUGCCUCAGAGAAACUGUUUCACUUGGAAUACCCUCCUCGAAGGAUAUGCAAGGUCAGGACUCAGAAAUGGUUUGUUGAAUUUGUUUUACUCAAUGCCACAUAAGAAUGAGUUCUCUUGGAAUGUUGUCCUUUCGGGAUUAGCGAGAGAGGGUGAGUUGGGUACUGCGCAGGGGUUGUUUAAUGAGAUGCCAAAUAAGAAUGAAGUUGCGUGGAAUACAUUGAUUCACGGGUAUGCUAGAAGUGGGGAACCAGGGAUGGCUUUGAUGUUGUUUAAGGAUUUUAUAAAGUGGGAGAUGAAUGAAAGUGGUGGCAUAUUGAGGUGGGACCCGUUUGUUUUGGCAACAGCAGUUGGAGCUUGCACAGAGCUCGGCGGCGUUGAAUUGGGGAAGCAAGUUCAUGCUAGGAUGAUACUUGAUGAUGUGGAAUUUGAUUCGGUUUUGGGAAGUUCUCUCAUGAACAUGUAUGGAAAGUGCGGUGAUUUGGAUAGCGCCAGCCGUCUUUUCAAUGUGAUGGAGGAUCCAGAUGAUUAUACUCUAUCAUCAUUGAUUUCAGGCCAUGCUAACUGCUGUAGAAUGGAUGACGCUGGAAGAAUAUUUAGACUCAAAUCUAAUCCUUGUGUUGUGUUAUGGAAUAGUAUGAUUUCAGGGUAUGUUGCUAAUGAUGACCCAGUGGAGGCUCUAAUCUAUUUUGAAAGCAUGCACAAGAAAGGGGUUCUGGGAGAUUUCUCUACCUUUUCUAGUGUUUUCAGUGCCUGCAGUAGUAUAGGCAUUUGUAAAAAUUGUAUUCAACUGCAUGCCCAUGCUUAUAAGUUGGGAAGUUUUCACGACUUAGUCGUUGCCAGUGCACUAAUUGAUGCAUAUGCCAAGUGUGGGAGUCAUAUUGAUGCUUGUAACUUAUUUGGUGAGCUCAAAACUUAUGAUACUGUUUUGCUUAAUUCUAUGAUCACCAUUUACUGUGAUUCUGGUAGAAUUGAAGAAGCUAACUGCAUUUUCAAUGAUAUGAAAUUGAAAAGUUUGAUCUCAUGGAAUUCCAUGCUAGUGGGUCUGGUUCAGAACGGCUACUCCGUGGAAGCAUUAGAACUCUUUUGCACGAUGAAUAAGAUCAACUUAAGUAUGGACAAGUUCAGCCUAGCUAGUGCCAUUAGUGCAUGUGCUAGCAUUCCAUCGCUUGAACUUGGUGAACAGAUUUUUGCUAGAGCUACUGUCAUUGGUGUGGAUUUUGAUCAGGUUAUAGCUACAUCCCUUAUAGACUUCUAUUGUAAAUGUGGUUUUGUCGAAGUGGGUAGAGAACUGUUUAACCAAAUGAUGAAAUUUGAUGAGGUUUCAUGGAAUUCAAUGUUGAUGGGUUAUGCUACAAAUGGCUAUGGUAUUGAAGCUUUGGCUCUAUUUGAUGAGAUGAGACAUGAGGGUGUGGUACCUACAGAAAUCACAUUUACUGCAGUUUUAUCUGCUUGUGAUCAUUGUGGACUAGUAGAAGAAGGAAAGAAUUGGUUUUACCUAAUGAAACACGACUAUCAUAUUGAUCCUGGUAUUGAACAUUACUCUUGCAUGAUAGAUCUUUUUGCAAGAGCAGGUUCUCUUCAAGAAGCUAUUGAUCUUAUCGAUGAGAUGCCUCAUCAGGCCAAUGCAGACAUGUGGUCUGCAAUUCUUAGAGGGUGCAUAGAACAGGGUGAUAAGUCUCUUUCUGAGAAAGUGGCCGGGAGAAUUAUUGAACUUGAUCCUCAAAAUUCAGGUGCUCUUGUACAGUUAUCAGGUGUAAUGGCCUCUAGCGGAGAUUGGAAGCAAUCAGCAUUGGUGAGAGAGUUGAUGAGAGAUAUGAAAAUCCAAAAGAGUCCUGGCAGAAGCUGGUGCAGUCUUUGAGGAAGAAUGUAGAUUACUCCCUGGAGUUAUAUGGGCGUUCAAUGCAGAAGCAGCAUGUGGUUGAACAAAAUAAAUUGGCAUUAUUCUUUAUGAUGCAGAUGAGGAGUUUUGAGCUGGUAGAACUAAAGGCGCAAUUGAUUUAUUCCAGAUACUGCAAUUUUGACCUAACUCGCAGCAUUUGUAUGAAUCAUAAUUUGUGUUUGUUGGGGACUUUCGAAGCCAGGAAAUAAUUGAAAGUAGGACAGAAGAUAAUGCAGUUGCAAGCACAUGUAUAGCUUCCCUAAAUGAAUUUGGUUAGCAUGUAUGGGCACAGUGGUAGAUGGGAAACCGUUCUUUAAGUAAGAAAGUAGAUGAGGAAAGAAAGUAGCUGGCUGCAGUUAGAAGGGACCACAUCUUUUCUAUUGAAGGAAAUCGAAUUUUCCGUUGAUUGAAGGAAAUCUAUUCAGUUUUGCAGCUUUUGGCCCAAGAGACACGGGGAUGCAAAUAAUGCUUAGCAACUGGAAUUCAAUCGGAUCAAUUAAGUUUUCUGGCAUCCUUCGCGACCGUAGUGGAGUGAGGUUGCAGGAUUAUGGCAUCAAGAGUUGAUACUGUUGACUUGCAAGAUCAAGGACCAUAACACGUUUUCUCAAGACAAAGAUUUGUCCCUUUGAGAUUCAUGAGAGGUUGAUUACUCCAAAUUAUUCCUUCUUUCAUGCCUGCUCUUCUUACAAGACCUUGGCUGGUAAUUU